GUCGCUGUCAGCCCCCUCCGCACGGGAACCAGGGGAGGGGGGAGCGAACCGCUGACCCAGGGGGCUUGCGGGCUGUACCACCUACUCUGCACCCGGGGGCCUCGGUCGGGGGACCGAAGGGCUGAACCACUGAGCCCGGACGGGGCCCGUAGAGUGAACCACUCUGCGGGAAUCAUGGAGGGGAGGAGCAAAGGGUCAAGAUUACCCGCCACUGACCACCCUCCGGGGAUGGGGGAAAGGACCCGAGACGGGGAGGCAAGGCUUCCUGGUCCUGUUUUCCCGAAGCUCCCCUCGCAAUACACUAGAAAGCCCCACCCCGUCGGCGACUCAGUGUUUGCACCUGCGAAAUGGGCAUAUGGGUGCAGCUGAGUGCGCCGCGGGGACCCGGUAUGAAGCCCACCUGUUCCAGCCCCCGUCACCUCUUCUCGCAGAGUAAAGGCCCCGGACCCUGGGCCCCCCUGUUAGGCCGCCCCCCGAGCCGAUGGAGGAGAACGAGGUGGAGAGCAGUAGCGACGCGGCCCCUGGUCCUGGCCGGCACGAGGAGCCCUCUGAGAGCGGCUUGGGCGUGGGCACCUCGGAAGCCGUGUCGGCCGACAGCAGCGACGCCGCGGCCGCUCCGGGGCCAGCCGAGGCCGACGACUCUGGCGUGGGGCAGAGUUCGGACCGCGGCACCAGCUCUCUGGAGGAGGUGUCCGAGAGCAGCUCCAGCACAGACCCCCUGCCCCAUGGCUACCUCCCUGAUUCAUCUUCUGUUUCCCACGGGCCAGUGGCAGGGGUGACAGGCGGCCCCCCAGCCCUGGUGCACUCCAGCGCACUCCCAGACCCCAGCAUGCUGGUGUCCGACUGCACGGCUUCUUCCUCAGACCUGGGCUCGGCCAUUGACAAGAUCAUCGAGUCCACCAUCGGGCCCGACCUCAUCCAGAGCUGCAUCACCGUGACCAGUGCUGAGGGGAGUGGAUCCGAGACCACACGGUACCUGAUCCUGCAGGGACCAGACGAUGGGGCCCCCAUGGCAUCACCAAUGUCCAGUUCCACCCUGGCCCACAGCCUGGCAGCCAUCGAGGCUCUAGCUGAUGGCCCCACGUCCACAUCCACGUGCCUGGAGCCACCUGAGGAGGUGCAGGGUGGGCCCAGCUCCCCAGCGCAGCCACGCCUGGGUUCUGGCGCCGAGGAGCCAGACCUGCAGAGCCUGGAGGCCAUGAUGGAGGUGGUGGUGGUGCAGCAGUUCAAGUGCAAGAUGUGCCAGUACCGGAGCAGCGCCAAGGCCACACUGUUGCGCCACAUGCGGGAGCGGCACUUCUGCCCAGCAGCCGCCGCCGCCGGAAAAAAGGGACGUCUGCGGAAAUGGGGCGCCUCCGCCAGGACCCAGGAGGAAGAGGGCCCAGAGGAGGAAGACGAUGAUGACAUCAUAGACGCCGGCGCCAUCGAUGACCUGGAAGAGGACAGCGACUAUAACCCUGCUGAGGAUGAGCCCCGGGGCCGGCAGCUACGGCCCCAGCGCCCCACUCCCAGUACACCGAGACCCCGCAGGAGACCUGGCCGGCCCCGGAAGCUGCCUCGCCUGGAGACCUCGGAUCUCUUGGAUGCAGGUGUGGAAGGAGAGCCUCUGGUCAGCUCCCAGACUGGACAGAGCCCUCCGGAGCCACAAGACCCCGAGGCACCCAGCUCCUCAGGCCCAGGAUGCCUGGUGGCCCUGGGCAAGGCCAACCGGCCCCCCGUGGAACCCGGCGUGAGCCAGUCAGAUGUGGAGAACGCAGCACCGUCCUUCCAGGACGAGCCCGACGCCCCGCCCCGCCGCCGUGGGCGACCGUCCAGGCGCUUCCUCGGCAAGAAAUACCGCAAGUACUAUUACAAGUCGCCCAAACCCCUCCUGCGGCCCUUCUUGUGCCGCAUCUGCGGUUCCCGCUUCCUGUCCCACGAGGACCUGCGCUUCCACGUCAACUCCCACGAGGCUGGCAACCCGCAGCUCUUCAAGUGCCUGCAGUGCAGCUACCGCUCCCGCCGCUGGUCCUCGCUCAAGGAGCACAUGUUCAACCACGUGGGCAGUAAGCCCUACAAGUGUGACGAAUGCAGCUACACCAGUGUUUACCGGAAGGACGUCAUCCGGCAUGCGGCCGUGCAUAGCCGGGACCGGAAGAAGAGGCCAGACCCGACCCCGAAGCUGAGCUCCUUCCCCUGCCCUGUGUGUGGCCGUGUCUACCCCAUGCAGAAGAGACUCACGCAGCACAUGAAGACGCACAGCACCGAGAAGCCCCACAUGUGUGACAAGUGUGGAAAGUCCUUUAAGAAGCGCUACACCUUCAAGAUGCACCUGCUCACGCACAUCCAGGCCGUCGCCAACCGCAGGUUCAAGUGCGAGUUCUGUGAGUUCGUUUGUGAGGACAAGAAGGCGCUGCUGAACCACCAGCUUUCCCAUGUCAGCGACAAGCCCUUCAAGUGCAGCUUUUGCCCCUACCGCACCUUCCGAGAGGACUUCCUGCUGUCCCACGUGGCUGUCAAGCACACAGGGGCCAAGCCCUUUGCCUGCGAGUACUGCCACUUCAGCACGCGACACAAGAAGAACCUCCGCCUGCACGUACGGUGCCGGCACGCAAGCAGCUUUGAGGAGUGGGGGCGGCGCCACCCCGAGGAGCCCCCUUCCCGCCGUCGCCCCUUCUUCUCUCUGCAGCAGAUUGAGGAGCUGAAGCAGCAGCAUAGCGCAGCCCCUGGACCUCCUUCCAGCUCCCCAGGACCUCCUGAGGUAAGCUCAGGCAGCAGACAAGGGCGUUAGGAGCGUUGGCUGCAAUGCCAGUGUGAUGGUGCCUCCCCCAGCCCUAGCAUCCUCACUUGCACACUGAGUACAGCGAAAUGACCCCUGCCUCUCUGGAUUGUGGUGAAGAGCAGCU